AACAAAAAAAAAUUGAGAAAAAUCAAAAUUAAAAAUAAGUCAAAAAUAAUUAUAAAAAUGUCGCCACCAAACGAAAACACAAGACUCCUAGGCAACUGCACAGCCAAAAACAGCAGCAAUGGACACGUCCCACCACAAACAAAGGAAAACUCAUAUUAUAUUGACGUCAUGGAGAAACCAUUGUACAAUGGCUACGCACCCUUAUUAGAGGAUGGAGACUUCUCCGCCAGCCUCAGCCUGGAGGAAUUACUGCCUUUUGUCGACGAUCCCUGGUGGCAAAAGCUGCGACGUACACUCUUCUGCACAUUUUGGUUAGUCUUUUGGUUAAUUUUAAUCACCGCCUGCACACUCGCCUAUAUGCAGAACGACAAGCAAUGUGGGCCAACAAUAGCAGUUACAACAAUACCAACGAGUGCCAUGACUGUCGGGGUAGUUCAAAACAGUUGAGCACGACUUCAAAUGGCUUGAUCGCUCGUGGAUUUGGGUACCUUGACCGAGUUUGUCUAGUUCGGGACAAAAAAAAUUGGAAAUUAAAAAUUCAAUUUACAACAUUUAUAUUUUAUAAGAAAUUGGUUCAAAACCAAUUUAAAUCAAUUUAUCGAAAGUAGAUUUUUCAAACUCAAUUUUUACAAAAAAAAAAAAAAAAUCAUUUAAAAUGAUGCUUCG